AUGGCUGGAUUAUUUUGUACGCGUUCAUCAAAGACACAACAGAUAUCCACCAAUUUAUCAGACAUCGGUCACAACAUCAUCCAGGAUGCGUUCCUCAUUGCAGUUGAGGAGCAGGCGCGGCAGCGCUUGCAGCGACUGUCGGCGCUCAAGCGGAUCACACCUGUCGAUAUGUCAAAGCUCUCUGUAGAGCUGAAUCGUCGAAAAAGAACUCAACCAGAAAACAGACAAGAGUUAAACGGAUACAUCGCCAACUCCACGGUUUACGUCACUUCCAUCAACGAGAACGGUGCCAUUGAGAGCAAGCCGACCAUCUCCUCCCCGAAAGCCCUGCCAAAGUCCCUCCAAGCCAAACCAGCCCCUCUCAUAGCCAAUGGCAUCAAUAAAAAAAAAGAAGUGACCAAAGAAGAAGAUAAAAUCGAGCCAGAGAAACACGAAGGUGACGUUAAAGUCAGUGAAAAGAUAAUAGUGCAGUGUGAAAGUGAUAGUGGAGAAAGAGAUAUUAGUGACGCGUACAGUGUGGCUAGGGAACAUCUCAACAACGGCAGAAGUGAGAAGUUGAUUGGAGAGCAGCCUGAUCAUAGGAUCAGGGCUACUGCUAUUGUUGAGAACAAUAAACUGACUCCUGGAGAAAAUCGGUGA